AUGUACAAGAACGGCACUGUCAUGGUCCAGGGCAGUGAGGCUUCACUCAGCUCUUUUGUGCAGAACUUCCCCACCCUAAGGAAGAUAGCAGAAACCAAAAAGGACAAGGACAGCACCCCAACCUCUCCCCUCACCUCAGGCACUGCAACAGUAGGAGCCCAGGCCCAGACCCACACAACAUGUCUGUCCUCCCCCCUGCCUGCCUACGACCACAAGAGCCAAGACCACACCACCAUCAGCCUGCAGAGAGACAGGCCGGCUCUGUUAGAGGUAUGGCUUACUGAGCUAAAGGAGCAGCCCCCCAGCUACACCACCUCCAGCCCAGACACAGAGCUUCUACAGGACCAGAUCCACCAGUGCAGGACACAGCUGAAGAACUCUGUCCAGGAGCGGAGAGAGAGCCUUACCACAGCACUUGAGGAGGUAAAGGCCACCAUGAGGAGAGAGCAAGUGCAGGGAAAGGAGGAGAUGGCAAAGGAGUUCUCUGUCAUCAAGAGAGUGCUGCAGCAUAGAGAACAGACUGUAGAGACCCCUAGAGAGAAGCUGCAGCCCCUCACCACCCCUAACACCCCCACUUACCCACCCUCACCCACAACCCCCCCCCCAUACCGACCACCCUUUACCCACACCCCCAGUCAACAAGGAGGCUCACAUGGGGACACCUACUACAGAGAGCUCUCUGGCCCCCCCUGACACACCCCCACACACACCUCCUUGUACACAGGCCCUGUGUACCCCAGCCCCACACCGUAAACCCACUACUCUGGUAAAACCCACUGAGGUGGCCAUCCUCAUUGACUCAAAUGGGAAAUUCAUCCAAGAGGAUAAAACUCUUCCCCCACCACAAGGUGUCCAAAAUAUGGUGCCCAAAAACACAGGAUAGACUCCACAUCCUGUUCCAGCCUGACUUUGGCACACCAGGCCACAUUAUUAUUCACACCGGCACCAACGACCUGCGAGAGGAGCAGGAGAGAGUAGGCAGCCUGGUCAACAGAGUAGCAGAGAGAGGGACUCUGAGUGGUUUCCCAACUCCCACAUUACCAUCCACCCUGCUGCCCCGCAAAGACUUUCAUCUCCGUACCAUUCAGAAAGUCAAUGCUGACAUCACCAGAGGGUGUGGCCUACUCCCGAACGUGCAUGUUGCUCACCACCCAACAAUCACCCCAGAGCAUCUGCACGACCACUCCCACCUCAGGAAGCAGACAGUAGGGAUGUUUGCCAAUUCUCUCAAGGAUGUGGCACUUGGUAGACAAACACCCCAUGCCGCACUGGACAGAGGACCACCCAGAGACCCCUACCAGACCACUCCACCACCCAGGAGCCCCAUUCCCCCUCAACGCCCAGCGCACCCCACAGGCCCCACCCACCACCAGAGCAUCACACUUCCAUCGGCUUAGCCAGACUGGACCGGGCCCAGCCUACUACCCCGCACCAGACCAGAGAGGAAGCCCCCCGGCCCAGACCUGCCCCCCCUCCACUCCACAGGGCCCAACAGCAGGACCAGCACAGCUACGGGGAGGUCCUCAGAGGACAGGAGAACCCUGUAGGAUUUAGUGAGAUUAAACAGCUCCUCCAAUACGUCUGCACUAAACUUCACUAAACGCACACACGCACACACACACGCACACACACACACACAUACACACACACACACACACACACACACACACACACACACACACACACACACACACACACACACACACACACACACACACACACCUAUUGUACUAAAAGUUUACUUGUUCAAUGAAUAGGAAUAUAUACAGUGGGGAGAAGAAGUAUUUGAUACACUGCCAAUUUUGCAGGUUUUCCUACUUACAAAGCAUGUAGAGGUCUGUCAUUUCUAUCAUAGGUACACUUCAACUGUGAGAGACGGAAUCUAAAACAAAAAUCCAGAAAAUCACUUUGUAUGAUUUUUAAGUAAUUAAUUUGCAUUUUAUUGUAUGACAUAAGUAUUUGAUACAUCAGAAAAGCAGAACUUAAUAUUUGGUACAGAAACCUUUGUUUGCAAUUACAGAGAUCAUACGUUUCCUGUAGGUCUUGACCAGGUUUGCACACACUGCAGCAGGGAUUUUGGCCCACUCCUCCAUACAGACCUUCUCCAGAUCCUUCAGGUUUCGGGGCUGUCGCUGGGCAAUACGGACUUUCAGCUCCCUCCAAAGAUUUUCUAUUGGGUUCAGGUCUGGAGACUAGCUAGGCCACUCCAGGACCUUGAGAUGCUUCUUACGGAGCCACUCCUUAGUUGCCCUGGCUGUGUGUUUCGGGUCGUUGUCAUGCUGGAAGACCCAGCCACGACCCAUCUUCAAUGCUCUUACUGAGGGAAGGAGGUUGUUGGCCAAGAUCUCAAGAUACAUGGCCCCAUCCAUCCUCCCCUUAAUACGGUGCAGUCGUCCUGUCCCCUUUGCAGAAAAACAUCCCCAAAGAAUUAUGUUUCCACCUCCAUGCUUCACGGUUGGUAUGGUGUUCUUGGGGUUGUACUCAUCCUUCUUCUUCCUCCAAACACGGCGAGUGGAGUUUAGACCAAAAAGCUCUAUUUUUGUCUCAUCAGACCACAUGACCUUCUCCCAUUCCUCCUCUGGAUCAUCCAGAUGGUCAUUGGCAAACUUCAGACGGGCCUGGACAUGCGCUGGCUUGAGCAGGGGGACCUUGCGUGCGCUGCAGGAUUUUAAUCCAUGACGGCGUAGUGUGUUACUAAUGGUUUUCUUUGAGACUGUGGUCCCAGCUUUCUUCAGGACAUUGACCAGGUCCUGCCGUGUAGUUCUGGGCUGAUCCCUCACCUUCCUCAUGAUCAUUGAUGCCCCAUGAGGUGAGAUCUUGCAUGGAGCCCCAGACCGAGGGUGAUUGACCGUCAUCUUGAACUUCUUCCAUUUUCUAAUAAUUGCGCCAACAGUUGUUGCCUUCUCACCAAGCUGCUUUCCUAUUGUCCUGUAGCCCAUCCCAGCCUGUCCUUACACAGCUCUCUGGUCUUGGCCAUUGUGGAGAGGUUGGAGUCUGUUUGAUUGAGAGUGUGGACAGGUGUCUUUUAUACAGAUAACGAGUUCAAACAGGUGCAGUUAAUACAGGUAAGGAGUGGAGAACAGGAGGGCUUCUUAAAGAAAAACUAACAGGUCUGUGAGAGCCGGAAUUCUUACUGGUUGGUAGGUGAUCAAAUACUUAUGUCAUGCAAUAAAAUGCACAUUAAUUACUUAAAAAUCAUACAAAGUGAUUUUCUGGAUUUUUGUUUUAGAUUACAUCUCUCACAGUUGAAGUGUACCUAUGAUAAAAAUGACAGACCUCUACAUGCUUAGUAAGUAGGAAAACAUGCAAAAUCGGCAGUGUAUCAAAUACUUGUUCUCCCCACUGUAUAUAUAUAACAGAGCAAAUGUUUGCUGUUAUCCUGUUUAUCUCACUCUUAACAACUUAGUAGUUAGUAGUUACUGUAUUUCUGACUGUGCUGUUCUUUCUUUUUACGACAUGAAAUCACUAUCAGUUACCAUGUGGAACACUCAGGGCCUAAACUCAUCAACCUUUGGACUGAAGAGUUUAGCACUGGAGUUUAAAAAAAUCUUAAAGAUGUUGACGUCAUCAUUCUGCAGGAGACAUGGUGUAAGGCAGACAUUGUCACUCACUGUCCCACAGGCUACAGAGAGGUAAUUGUGCCGUCACAGAAACACAGCUCUGUCAACAGAAGCAGAGACUCUGGAGGAUUGAUCAUUUGGUACAAAUCCGAACUACAAAAUCUAAUUGAUCCCCUCAAAAUUGGUAAAUAUCACAUUUGGUUAAAACUGAAAAAAGAAACUUGUACUGACAGAAAAAGAUGUGUUCCUUUGCACAAUAUAUAUCCCCCCCUAAGAAUCCCCAUAUUUCUCAGAGGAGAUAUUCCCCAGCCUUGAGGAAGAGACAUGCCAUUUCCAGGGAAAUGUGCUCAUCUGUGGGGACAUAAAUGCGCACACAGGAACACUACCUGAUCUAACGACCACACGAGGGGACAGCUUUAUUACAGGCCAUACUGUUUCUAACUGUCUUAAUCUUCCCCAAAGAAACAACAGCGACAGCACCAUAAACAAAAACGGAAGGGAUCUGUUGCAGCUCUGUUGAAGCAUGGGUUUGUACUUUGUCAAUGGUAGGUUACGGGGGGACUCUUUGGGGAGAUUCACCUAUUGCUCACCUCUUGGCCACAGCACAGUAGACUAUAUGAUUACAGAUAUUGACCCUUUCUCUCUCAGCUCAUUCACCGUCAAGCCACUAACACCUCUGUCGGAUCACAGCCAAAUUACGUUGUUCCUCAAAAGAACAGACACGGAAACAACCACACAUUCACAGCCCAGUAAGCUGUACAACAUCAGAAAUUCAAACAGAUGGGCCCAAAAAAGCACAGAAGAAUACCAGAAAGUAACCAGUAACCAAAAUAUCCAAACACUCUUAGAUAACUUUCUGGAUACCACAUUCACUCACAGUAUAGAAGGCAUCAAUCUAGCAGAAAAAAACAUAAACUAUAUAUUCAGGCAAACGGCAAAAGAAGCACAACUGAAAUUUAUAAAAAACUAAACAAGAAAUACCACAGAUGACUACUGGUUUGAUGCAGAUUGUAAAAUGAUAAGGAAAAAACUUAGAACACUAUCAAACCAAAAGCACAGAGACCCAAAUAAUGGUGAAUUACGCCUUCAUUACUGUGAGACUUUAAAACUCUAUAAACAUACACUCAGAACCAAAAAAGCACAGUACAACAGCAAGCAGCUGACACUAAUUGAGGAGUCCAUAAACACAAACAACUUCUGGCAAAAUUGGAAAGAACUAAAAAAAUCUAAACAAGAGGAAUUAGCGAUACAAAAUGGUGGCAUAUGGACAACCCACUUUAAAACACUCUACAACACCGUUCAAAUUGACACAAACGCAGAACAAUGCCAAAUUCAUGAGAAGUUGAAUGGAUUAGAAAAAGCUAUAAAGGACAAUCAAAAUCCAUUGGACUCCCCAAUUACUGACCAUGAGUUCUAUAAGAAACUUCAGGCCCUCAAAUUAAAAAAAACAUGCAGACCUGAUGGCAUCCUAAAUGAGAUGCUCAAAUUCACUAGUGCAAAAUGUCAAUUGGCUAUAUUAAAACUGUUUAAUUUUAUCCUGAGUGUAGGUUAUUUCCCUGACAUCUGGAAUCAAGGACUCAUAACCCUAAUCUUUAAGAAUGGAGACAAAUUUGACCCUGACAAUUACAGAGGCAUUUGUGUGAACAGUAUUAUAAAUGUAAGAGUUCUAAACUUCCUUAAUAAGCGCAAUGUCUUGAGUAAAAGCCAAAUUGGAUUCAUACCAAAACAUCGCAUGACCGAUCAUAUUUACACCCUAUACACCUUGAUAGAUAAACACCAAAAUAAUUCCAAAAUGUACGCUUGCUUUAUCGACUUACAAAAAGCAUUUGAUUUUAUUUGGCAUACAGGACUGUUCUACAAAGUUAUUGAAAACAUAUGACAUAAUUAAAUCAAUGUAUACUGGCAAUACGUGCAACAUCAAAAUUGGCAAGAAAAUAACAUAUUUCUUUAACGAGGGGCGGGGCCUUUGCCAGGGUUGUAAUCUGAGCCCUGCACUCUUCAAUAUUUACAUCAACGAAUUGGCCUCUAUUCUAGAAAAAUCCCCAGCCCCUGGUCUUAGUCUCCACAAAUCAGAGGUUAAAUGCCUGCUCUUCGCAGAUGACCUAUGCCUGCUGUCACCCACAGCACAUUGCCUACAGCAGAGCCUGGACCUGCUAGAGCAGUACUGCCAGACCUGGGCCCUUAAACCCCAAAAAGACUAAAAUAAUGAUUUUCCAGAGAAGAUCCAGAUCUCAAGGAAUUAGACCAAAGAUAUAUAUAGAUACUUAUAUAUAGAUACAAAUACUUAUUUCCCUCAAUAAAAUGCAAAUCAAUUUAUAACAUGUUUGACAUGCGUUUUUCUGGAUUUUUUUGUUGUUAUUUUGUCUCUCACUGUUGAAAUAAACCUACCAUUAAAAUUAUAGACUGAUCAUUUCUUUGGCAGUGGGCAAACGUACAAAAUCAUCAGGGGAUCAAAUAUUUUUUUCCCUCACUGUAUAUACAGUGUACUACUAGCUACCUAGCAAUUUUAUGAAGUUGGCUUUAGCUAGCCCAGAUAGGUUCCCAACCACCAAUCCUCAUAACUAGCUACCAAUAAGCCAUUUCAGGCUAUCAAGUUAGAGUAGCUAGCUUGUCUAACUAUCUUAGCUGGCAUGCCUGCUGGCAAGGUUGGUAGAGUUUAGAAAAACAAGCAAUAACUAAAUGUACUGAAUAAGACUCACAUUCCUUUCAAUCUUUUACUCAGAUUUUUGCAGAGAAGCAUAUUUAAUUUCUUUAAGAAAUAACCACCGGUCAGGAGAGGUAUGCUUAGAUAUGAAGAAAAUAAAACAUAUUUUAAAAAUAGAAUGAAGCAUAACGAUUAUAUCUCUAGAUUGCAAGUAAAAGCUGUUUCAGGUGUUUGGAUGGGGGGCCAAGCUUCAGGAUGGGAGGCUAAGCUAUGUGCCCCCUCAGAUUUCUGCGGUGCAUGAUGCCCCUGUAUGUGUGUGCAGUAUGUGUGUUCAGUAUGUGUGUGUGUGUUUGUGCGUGUGUGUGUGCUCCCAUGCAUGCGUAUGUUUGUAUUGGUGCUUUUUACGUUGUUGUGAAGCUAUUGACUCCAUAUUGCUGAUAUGAUGGUGUGUGUAUGUGCUUGUGUGUGUUGCUGUGUGUGUGGAGGUGUUUAGCUGUGUUGCUCCGGGAGGAGAGAGGGGGUUGUCUGUGUUUGGACUGAGGGUUGUGUCUGCCUGACAGACCGUAAUUGGUUUCCCUUUCCACGCCUCCCUUUCCUCAGAGCAAUGUCAAAAAAGCAAUUUUAGGUGCCAGUCAUUUUAAAUUACAGGUCACUUAAGAUACAAACGCUUGGCGCUGCAUCACCCCUCCUCUGACUUGAGAUGGUACGGCCUUAUAAUCUGUGUUCCUAUCUACCUCUCUGUCAUCACUGAGUGGAAGCUUUCACUCCCAAACGUAUGGAAACCGACCUACACAAAAGAAGGAGGAAGGACUAAGGAGUGGGAGAUUUUAUGCUCUGUCAAUGGUUGGAGAGUGCAGACUAUAGAGUUAGAGGAAUGGUUCAAUAACGACUGGAGAUUCUGUUGGUGGGUCUGGCUUGACAUGUUUGAAUCUUUGAGGGGUGGAUCAACUAAGCACAUAGGUGGAUUUGUGUGGAGGAAAAGUGCAAUCACAAUCACUUAGAUAUAUGCACCUCACACACACACACACACACACACACACACACACACACACACACACACACACACACACACACACACACACACACACACACACACACACACUCAGCCCCACAUUAUCUUGUGCAUAUAUGCCUGUUUGCUGAUGGGAAGAAACACAUAAUUUAACCAGAUUGGUCAACUGAGAACUAAUUUAUAUUUUGUAGUUACUGCCUGAGGACUCUGGGGCUCACAGAGUUUAUAUUGGCAAUCAGGAGCUGCACUAGGCUCUCUGUGCAGCCACUCCUAAAGAGCUUAGUUUGGAUUUGGUCAAGAGGCUGUGUCGCUGACUUUAAUACUCUUAGAUUAUGUCCCAAAUGGCAUCCUAUUCCCUUCAUAGUGCACUACUUUUGCCCAGGGCCCAAAGUGCUUUGGUCAAAAGCAUUGCACUAUAUAGGGAAUAAGAUGUCAUUUGGCACGCAUCCUUACUUCCCUGCUCUAAGUGUUGGGGAGACUUUUACCAUUGUACUCAAUCAGCCCUGUGUGUACCCACGCUCACUUGGAGAGAAAGGGGCCUCCGUUUGCACUGUGUUCAUAUGGUUUUGUGGGUCUCUAGUUAGUGGUGUAUGUAUACAAUAUCUAUCUGUCUGUACAUUGUCUUAUGUCAGAUAGCGCAACUUUGUCUGCACUGUCAGUCGUGGGACUAGCGUCAUGUACGAUAUCUGGUUGUAUGGACUCAUGUCCCACCUAACUUUGAGUUUCCCCACAGCUCCCAUUACUCAAGCAAGAGUAUGUUAUGCUACAUUACCCUAUGCUAUAUGGCCUUUACUCUACUCAAAAACACCAGCACAGCCUCCUAUAAUCUUUGUCAAACCCACCAGGCCACAUUCUGAGACGCCAUCUCCUUUCCACAUCUUAACAAACUCAUUUCCCCCUCAAUCGUCUUUGGGACUGUGUGUCUAAAGUUAAUAGUCUUUGGCGAGCUCUUGGCAAAGUAACUGCACCUGCGCUUGUCAGGGGAUUGUUUGGCAUGGAGAUUGAGUUGACUGAGUGAAUGAUGAGAAGGUCAAGGAAAAAAGAGGGAGGCAGUGAAGGAAGAAGUGGGGAAGGAGGGAUGGAGAGAUGGCAAUCCUCUCUCUCUCUCUCUCUCUCUCUCUCUCUCUCCUCUCUCUCCUCUCUCUCUCUCUCUCUCUCUCGCUCUCUCUCUCUCUCUCUCUCUCUCUCUCUCUCUCUCUCUCUCUCUCUCUCUCUCUCUCUCUCUCUUUCUCUCUCUCUCUCUCUCUCUCUCUCUCUCCUCCUCUAUGGCGAGAGUAGGCCGCAGCGCCGAGCCUGCAGUAUUAACUCUCUGGCAGAGCGCAGCCCCUGUCACUGCAGCGACGCCUGUCACGCUAACACCCCCAAGUGCUAUCAUUGGAAUACUAAUGGGCCUGUCACUCAACUGGGGAGAGAGGGAACGAGGGAAGGAGGUAAGGAGAGAGGGAAGACAUCAAGGGGAAAGAGUGUGCAGACAGAGAUAAGGAAAGGGGGAAGGUGGGAAGAGAUUGAGGGAGGGGCAGAGUUGGGAUGGAAAGUGAGGAGAAGAUAUGAAAGGAAGAGGAAGGGAGAGAUAAAGAAGGAAGGAGGGAGGAGGAGGAGGAGGAAUAUGAAAAAGGAAGAGAGAGGGAGAGAGCGACGAGAACGUUUGAGUGACACCAACCGAUAGGGUCAGAGAGAUGGGACAGAUGAAAGCUCUCAGGUUAAUAUGAGAAGCUGACUGGUCCCCAAACACCUCUAUCUCUCUCUCUCUCUCUCACCCUCCCCCUCUCUUUCUCUCUCUCUCUCUCUCGUGCUCUCCUUCUUUCACUCCCUCUCUUCUUCCCCCCCUUUCUAGACAUAUAAGUUGAAGUUUGUUAUGCUCUGAGCGUGCAUGGCAACAAAGAAAGGGUCAUUUGGGCAUUAUAGAGAGACAUUGAUCCACUGACCAGAAUGUAGAUUUUUAAGAGCGUGAUGGUGAAAUUACAGGCCUUGGUUAAACAGCAUGGUAUGAUUUUGAAAAGUUUUUAUUUUUUAAGCAUUGAUAGCACCAGCCGUUGUUCCAUCUGUGUGGAAAUUAAUAAAAGGAACAUGUGCGUAGAUACACACAUAAGUACCCAGGGACACACACACAAACGCCCACAUGCACGCACACACACACCUCACAAACACAUUGUCACGCUCUGGUUCCGGGACGUUGUUUAUGAACCAGGGUGUGUUUGUAUUGUUGGGUGUUGUGUGGGUUAGGUUGGGUAUAGGGUGUGUUCGUUUUGUUGUGUGCUGUUUGGUUGGGGUGUCUAGGUGGUUGUCUUCCUUGUUUGUAUUCAUGUGACUCCCAAUCGGAGGUAACGAGUGACAGCUGUCGGCUCGUUAUCUCUGAUUGGGAGCCAUAUUUAUUCUGUAUGUUUUCCUGUGGGCAUUGUGGGUUUUUGUUUCCGUUUCGGUCUGUGUACCGUGGACUUCAUUGAGUCGUCUUUUGUUUUGGAUAUUGGAUACUUUAAUUAUUAAAGUCAUGUUUCUUGGACACGCUGCGCCUUGGUCUUACUUAGACGACAUAGACGACCGUGACAGAAAAACCCACCUUAAAAGGACCAAGCGGCGUGUCAAGCGGCAACAGGAUCCACCUACACAGGAUUUAUAUCCACCCAUAAAGGAUUCAUGGACAUGGGAGGAGAUUCUGGAUGGUAAGGGGCCUUGGGCACAACCGGGAGAAUAUCGCCGUCCUCGUGAAGAGCUGGAGGCAGCUAAAGCCGAGAGGCGGCGAUAUGAGGAGGCAGCACGGAGGCAAGACUGGAAGCCUGUGGGUACUACCCAAGAAUUUCUUGGGGGGGGGCUAAGAGGGAGUGUGGCGAAGUCAGGUAGGAGACCUGCGCCUACUCCCUGGACUGACCGUGGAGAGCGAGAGUACGGGCAGACACCGUGUUACGCAGUUGAGCGCAUGGUGUCUCCUGUACGCAGGCAUAGCCCGGUUCGGUACAGUCCAGCUCCACGUAUCGGCCGGGCCAGAUUGAGUGUUGAGCCGGAUGUCAUGAAGCCGGUCCCACGCAGCAGGUCACCAGUGCGUCUCCUCGGGCCGGCGUACAUGGCACCAGCCUUACGCAUGGUGUUCCCGGUUCGCCCACAUAGGCCGGUGCGGGUUAUUCCACCUCCCCGUACUGGUCGGGCGACGGGGAGCAUCAACCCAGGUAAGGUUGGGCAGGCUCAGUGCUCAAGGGAGCCAGUACGCCUGCACGGUCCGGUAUUUCCGGCGCCACCUCCUCGCUCCAGCCCAGUACCACCAGGACCUACACCACGCACCAGGUUUCCUGUGCGUCUUCAGAGCCCUGUGUCUCCUCCACGCACUGGCUCGAUGGUGCGUGUCUCCAGCCCUUUACCACCAGUGCAUACACCACGCACCAAGCCUCCUGUGUGUCCCCAGAGUCCUGUGCGUCCUGUUGUUGCUCUCCGCACUAGCCCCGAGAUGCGUGUCCUCAGCCCGGUACCUCCAGUUCCGGCACCACGCAUCAGGCCUACGGUGCGUCCCCAGGGUCCAGCAUGCCCUGUUGCUUCUCCCCGCACUAGCCCUGAGAUGCGUGUCCUCAGCCCGGUACCCUCCAGUUCCGGCACCACGCACCAGGCCUACGAUGCGCCUCAGACGGCCAGAGUCUGCCGUCUGCCCAACGGGGUCUGAACUGCCCGUCUGCCCAACGCCGUCUGAACUGUCCGUCUGCCAAGCGCCGCAGGAACUGCCCGUCUGUACUGAUCCUGCAAAGCCGCCCGUCUGCCAUGAGCCUUCAGAGCCGUCCGCCAGACCGGAGCCGCUAGAGCUCUCCGCCAGACAGGAGCAGCCAGAGCCUUCCGCCAGACAGGAUCAGCCAGAGCCUUCCGCCAGACAGGAGCAGCCAGAGCCUUCCGCCAGACAGGAUCAGCCAGAGCCUUCCGCCAGACAGGAUCAGCCAGAGCCUUCCGCCAGACAGGAUCAGCCAGACCCUUCCGCCAGACAGGAUCAGCCAGAGCCUUCCGCCAGACAGGAUCAGCCAGAGCCUUCCGCCAGACAGGAUCAGCCAGAGCCUUCCGCCAGACAGGAUCAGCCAGAGCCUUCCGCCAGCCAGGAUCCGCCAGAGCCGUCCAGCCAGGAUCCGCCAGAGCCGUCCAGCCAGGAUCCGCCAGAGCCAGCCAGCCAGGAUCUGCCCCUCAGUCCGGUGCUGCCCCUUAGUCAGGUACUGUCCCUUAGCCCGGUGCUGCCCCUUAGUCCGGUGCUGCCCCUUAGUCAGGUGCUGCCCCUUAGCCCGGUGCUGCCCCUUAGCCCGGUGCUGCCCCUUAGCCCGGUGCUGCCCCUUAGUCCGGUGCUGUCCCUUAGUCCGGUGCUGCCUCUUCGUCCGGAGCUGCCCCUUUAUCCAGGUGGGUUAGUUUGGAGGGUGGUCAGUGGGAGGAGGCUACUUAAGCAGUUUGUGACUGUGGUGGGGUGGGGAUCACGACCGGGGCCAGAGCCGCCACCGUGGACAGACGCCCACCCAGACCCUCCCCUAGACUUUAUGUUGGUGCGCCCGGGGUUCGCACCUUUAGGGGGGGGUACUGUCACGCUCUGGUUCCGGGACGUUGUUUAUGAACCAGGGUGUGUUUGUAUUGUUGGGUGUUGUGUGGGUUAGGUUGGGUAUAGGGUGUGUUCGUUUUGUUGUGUGCUGUUUGGUUGGGGUGUCUAGGUGGUUGUCUUCCUUGUUUGUAUUCAUGUGACUCCCAAUCGGAGGUAACGAGUGACAGCUGUCGGCUCGUUAUCUCUGAUUGGGAGCCAUAUUUAUUCUGUAUGUUUUCCUGUGGGCAUUGUGGGUUUUUGUUUCCGUUUCGGUCUGUGUACCGUGGACUUCAUUGAGUCGUCUUUUGUUUUGGAUAUUGGAUACUUUAAUUAUUAAAGUCAUGUUUCUUGGACACGCUGCGCCUUGGUCUUACUUAGACGACAUAGACGACCGUGACACACAUGUCCAGGUUCCCUUCCCCACACAGCCAGGUUGCCAUGAUGAGGUCACCAUCGGGGCAUCAUUGAAUCACAGUGUAUGAGUCCCAAAUGACACCCUAUAUCCUGUAUAGAGCACUACUUUUUGAACAGGGCCCAUAGAGCUUUCGUCAAAUGUAGUGCACUAUAUAGGGCAUAGGGUGCCAUUUGGGACGCGGCUGGUGGCUAACAGCAUGCUUGACAGAGCAGGGUGAAGUCACACACUGGUAUGGCCCUCCAAACAGACUGCACAGCCACUCAACUGGAACUACAUUACAAAAGCCGCUCCAGCCAUGAUCCAUCAGCCCGACCAGGCCACAGUACUAUGGGAGAAGGGAGAGAUGUGUGAGAUGAGAGGGAGAGAGAGCGAGAGAGAGGAGAGAGAGAGAGAGAGAGAGAGAGAGAGAGAGAUAGAAGCGAGUGAUAGAGAAGAGAGAGAAGAGAGAGAGAGAGAAGAGAAGAGAGAGAGAGCUCUAGCUCGAGCUCUCUACGCUAUCGCUCGCUCUAGAGUAUAUCUCUGAGAGAGUAGAGAGCUAAGAACAUAGCAGAGAUAAAAACAUAGCCCAGAACAGCUCUGAACUUCACUUUCAAGCUCUGUGUGUGUAUUCGUGUAUGUGUUUGUGUGUGUGUGUGUGUGUGUGUGUGUGCGUGCGUGCGUGCGCGUGUACAUUUUAAAAUGAAGAUGUAUUGAUUGUGUAGGUCUUCACACCCCAGAGUUUAUACUUGGUAGAGUAAAGAGCAGAGUAUUACUUUAUUAAUCCCAAUUUGGGAAAUUGUUUUAUCACAGCAUGCAUCAUCAAUAACUUCCAAGUUGUUGGUCCUCUGUAGCUCAAUUGGUAGAGCAUGGCGCUUGUAACGCCAGGGUAGUGGGUUCAAUCCCCGGGACCACCCAUACGUAAAAAUGUAUGCGCACAUGACUGUAAGUCGCUUUGGAUAAAAGCGUCUGCUAAAUGGCAUAGUAUUAUUAUUAUUACAAGGACAGGACAUGUAACAACGACAGACACAUAAUUGCAGUUGAAGUCGGAAGUCUACAUACACAUUAGCCAAAUACAUUUAAACUCCAUUUUUCACAAUUUCUGACAUUUAAUCCUAGUAUAAAUUCCCUGUUUUAGGUCUUUAUUUUAAGAAUGUGAAAUGUCAGAAAAAUACAUUUUAGUCAUUUAGCAGACACUCUUAUCCAGAGCGACUUACAGGAACAAUUGGGGUUAAGUGCCUUGUUUAAGGGUACAUCAACAGAUUUUCACCUAGUUGGUUCGGGGAUUAGAACCAGCGACCUUUCGGUUACUGGCACAACGCUCUUACCCAUUAAGCUACCUGCCGACCCAAAAUAGUAGAGAGAAUUAUUUAUUUAAGCUUUUAUUUCUUUCAUCACAUUCCCAAUGGGUCAGAAGUUUGCAUACACUCAAUUAGUAUUUGGUAGCAUUGCCUUUAAAUUUUGAACUUGGGUCAAACUUUUCGGGUAGCCUUCCACAAGCUUCCCACAAUAAGUUGGGUGAAUUUUGGCCCAUUCCUCCUGACAAAGCUGGUGUAACUGAGUCAGGUUUGUUGGCUUCCUUGCUCGCACACGCUUUUUCAGUUCUGCCCAAAAAUGUUCUAUAGGUUUGAGGUCAGGGCUUUGUGAUGGCCACUCAAAUACCUUGACUUUGUUGUCCUUAAGCCAUUUUGCCACAACUUUGGAAGUAUGCUUAGGGUCAUUGUCCAUUUGGAAGACCCAUUUGCGACCAAGCUUUAACUUCCUGACUGAUGUCUUGAGAUGUUGCUUCAAUAUAUCCACAUAAUUUUCCUUCCUCAGGAUGCCAUCUAUUUUGUGAAGUGCAACAGUCCCUCCAGCAGCAAAGCACCCCCACAGCAUGAUGCUGCCACCCUCGUGCUUCACGGUUGGGAUGGUGUUCUUCGGCUUGCAAGACCCCCCCUUUUCCUCCAAACAUAACGAUGGUCAUUAUGGCCAAACAGUUCUAUUUUUGUUUCAUCAGACCAGAGGACAUUUCUCCAAAAAGUACAAUCUUUGUCCCCAUGUGCAGUUGCAAAACGUAGUCUGGCAUUUUUAUGGUGGUUUUGGAGCAGUGGCUUCUUCCUUGCUGAGCGGCCUUUCAGGUUAUGUCGAUAUAGGAUUUGUUUUACUGUGGAUAUAGAUACCUUUGUACCUGUUUCCUCCAGCAUCUUCACAAGGUCCUUUGCUGUUGUUCUGGGAUUGAUUUGCACUUUUCGCACCAAAGUACGUUCAUCUCCAGGAGACAGAAUGCGUCUCCUUCAUGAGCGGUAUGAUGGCUGUGUGGUCCCAUGGUGUUUAUACUUGUGUGCUAUGGUUUGUACAGAUGAACGUGGUACCUUCAGGCAUUUGGAAAUUGCUCCCAAUGAUGAACCAGACUUGUGGAGGUCUACAAUUAUUUUCUGAGGUCUUGGCUGAUUUCUUUAGAUUUUCCCAUGAUGUCAAGCAAAGAGGCACUGAGUUUGAAGGUAGGCCUUGAAAUACAUCCACAGGUACAUCUCCAAUUGACUUAAAUUAUGUCAAUUAGCCUAUCAGAAGCAUCUAAAGCCAUGACAUCAUUUUCUGGAAUUUUUCAAGCGGUUUAAAGGCACAGUCAACUUAGUGUAUGUAAACUUCUGACCCACUGGAAUUGUGAUACAGUGAAUUAUAAGUGAAAUUAUAGGUCUGUAAACAAUUGUUGGAAAGAUUACUUGUGUCAUGCACAAAGUAGAUGUCCUAAACGACUUGCCAAAACUGUAGUUUGUUAACAAGAAAUUUGUGGAGUGGUUGAAAAACUAGUUUUAAUGACUAACCUAAGUUAAUGUAAACUUCCGACUUCAACUGUACGUCCAGCAUUAUCAUUAUAUUUGCUGAAGACACAACGGUGGUAGGCCUGAUCACCGAUGACGAUGAGACAGCCUAUAGGGAGGACGUCAGUGACCUGGCAGUGUUGUGCUAGGACAACAACCUCUCCCUCAACUUCAGCAAGACAAAGGAGCUGAUCGUAGACUACGGGAAACUGAGGGCCGAGCACGCCCCCAUCCACAUCGACAGGGCUGUAGUGGAGCGGGUCGAGAGCUUCAAGUUCCUCGGUGUCCACAUCACUAAGGAAUUAUCAUGGUCCACACACACCAACACAGUUGUGAAGAAGGCACGACAACUCAUCUUCCCCUUCAGGAGGCUGAAAAGAUUUGGCAUGGGCCCUCAGUUCCUCAAAAAGUUAUACAGCUGCACCAUUGAGCGCAUCUCUACUGGCUGCAUCACCGCUUGGUAUGGCAAGACUUGGCAUCUGACCACAAGUUCUACAGAGGGUAGUGCGCACAGCCCAGUACAUCACUGAGGCUGAGCUCACUUCCAUCCAGGACCUCUAUACCAAGCGGUGUCGAAGGAAGGGCCUAAACAUUUUCAAAGACUCCAGCCACCGAAGUCAUAGACUGUUCUCUCUGCUAACGCACGGCAAGCGGUACCGAUGCACCAAGUCUGGAACCAACAGGACCCUGAACAGCUUUUACCAAGCCAUAGAACUGCUAAAUAGUUAGUUAAAUAGUUAACCAAUAGAUACCCGGACUAUCUGCAUUGACCCUUUUUGCACUAACUCUUUUGACUCAUCACAUACGCUGCUGCUAAUGUUUAUUGUCUAUCCUGUUGCACAGUCACUUUAUCCCUACCUAUAUGUACAUAUCUACCUCAAUUACCUCGUAACUCUGCACAUUGACUCGGGACUGGUACCCUGUGUCUGUAGCCAAGUUACCAUUAUUCAUUGUGUAUUUAUUCCUAUUAUUUUUAUUUUAAAAUUUUUAUUUUCUAUCUGCAUUGUUGGGAAGGGCUUAUAAGUAAGCAUUUCACUGUUAGACUACACCUGUUGUUUACGAAGCAUGUGAAAAAUUACAUUUUAUUUUAUUUAAUUUGCUGUAGAACAUUUGAAGAAUUUUGCCACAGAUGUUAAAAGAUCUAAACUUCCUUCAAAAGUACAGUCUGGAUUGGGCUUUUUUGUAGACACUUUGGGAGUUCUCCUUCCAGUUCAGUUUGUUGUCCAGUAUUACCCCCAAAUACUUGUAAAGGUCAACAGUACCAAUCUUUUCACCAUUCAUAAAAAUGGUAUUAAAAACAUCUUUAUUUUUCCUCAAAUCUACCACUAGCUCCUUGGUCUUCAGUAAAUUCAGGUCCGGAUAGUUGAGCUCACACCAUUUCACAAAGGACUCUUGUUUCCCUGUGAUGAGCAUCGUCUCCUCUCAUGAAACAGCUUAUUAUAGCAGAGUCAUCAGAGAAUAUCUGUAAGUCCCUCAGUUCAUUAUUGUGUGUGAGUAAUUUGUGUAAACGGUAAACAGGACAGGUGACAGGACCAUCCCCUGCGGCGCCCCCGUUUUUGUACAUAUCCGAUCUGAUACUGCCUGGUUCAGUCUUACGAACUGUGAUCUAUUGGUCAGGUAGUUCACAAUCCAUUUGAUUGUGUGUGGGUUUACAUGAAUGUCCUUUAGCUUUUGGGCCAACAGGUGGGGUUGUAUGGUAUUGAAUGCACUGGAGAAGUAAAAUAACAUUGUUCUCACCACACAGCCGGGCUUCUCCAGGUGCUCAUAUAGACUGAGUGUACAAAACAUUUUGCAGUCAGAACAGCCUCAUCUUGUCAUGUUAUGGACUACAAGGUGUCAAAAGUAUUCCACAAGGAUGCUGGCCCAUGUUGACUCCAAUGCUUCCCACAGUUGUGUCAAGUUGGCUGGAUGUCCUUUGGGUGGUGGACCGUUCUUGAUACACAUGGGAAACUGUUGAGCGUGAAAAACCCAGCAGCGUUGCAGUUCUUGGCACAUUCAAACCGGUGCACCUGGCACCUACUACCAUACCCCGUUCAAAGGCUCAUACAUAUUUUGUCUUGCUCAUUCACCCCCCACAAAAACAAUCCAUGUUUCAACUGUCUAAAGGCUUAAAAACACUUAUUUAACCUGUCUCCUCCCCUUCAUAUACACUGUUUCAAUUGGAUUUAACAAGUGACAUCAAUAAGGAAUUAUAGCUUUCACCUGGAUUCACCUGGUCAGUCUAUGUCAUGGAAAGAGCAGGUGUUCCUAAUGUUUUGUACAGAGUGGAGAUAGAGCGGAGUAUAUUCGACACCAGUUUUUGGGUAUUAGGCAAAUUGCAAAGGAUCCAGGUAGGCUGCCACCUCAACUCUUAAUGAGGGUAUUAAAACCCACUCAAAGGUUUUCAUGACUUAUGAGGUCAAAGCCACUGGUCUAAAUUGAAUGAGCUCGCUACGACAGGGGUAGCGCCUCUGCGGCCAUGACAGUAGUUUGAUGGGAAGACCUUUGGCAGCAAUUACAGCUGUGAAUCAUUUUGAAUCUGGCAUCUGAGAAUCUGUUCAGUGGUUAUUUAAAUUCUUAAAGGCCCAGUGCAGUCAAAAUUAUGUUGUUCCUGUGUUUUAUAUCAUAUUGUACAACAGCUGAUGAAACAAACACUGUAAAAGUGAUUUUUUUAAAUCAAUAUUAUUUCUUGAUAGUUGCUUGUUGAAAGUACAAUCUACACAAUAUCUUCUAAUCAGCAGGUUUGCAUGGGCGGGUUUAAAUGCGGUAAAUUGGUUAAAUAGACCAAUAUAAAUGAGAGUUCCAAACCUCUAUGCUAGUUUUUAGUUUUCCCCUCCCCACUCAGACCACUCCAAGACAGUCCUAGCAAGAUUCUUGCUUGAGAAAUAUUUUUUUGCUAAAAAGCUACUUUUGCCAUUUUAAUGGAAAUCUAUUACAGUAAGAUACUUAAUUGUUACCCAGAAAUUAUUUGAUAUUGAUAUAAUAACGGCUGCAUUGAAUACAACGUAUUAAUGCCUCAUGAGCUUAGCACACGUUUCUUACCCUAUUGCCAAAUAAUAAGGUUGUAUUACUCCAUUGUUUACAUGUAAAGAAACAAUCUACAGCUUCCAAAUGUGUUUAAAACUAUCAUGUGGAUUUCAUGGACUGUCAGUAAUUGUAGCUUUAAAGAAUACAAUCAGGGAAGGAUUUCCAAACUAAACCAUGCUGUUUUUUGUUCUGAUGUUUUAUGUAUUUUAUUGCAUUCACAGCUGCUUCACCAGAAUGUGUAAACACACUACCUGCAUAGUGGUGAUUUGAUUUGCACUUGAUUUCUUGUUCUUUAACUUGUUUUAAGGGAAUCCAAUACUACAGUCAAAUGGCACCCUAUUCCCUUUAUAGGGCAAUACAUAGGGAAUAUGGUGCCAUUUUGGAUUCAGCCUAGGGUUUUUAAAUGGUGUACUGUAGACAGAGGACCAUCCAUUGAAUAUCCAGUGGGGUGUUAUGUUUAAAUGCAUUCCUCGGCCUAUCAUGUGUGCCUGUGUGUGUCACUGUUACCCAAAGACUGCUGGUGCCUUGCCCCUCUCCUCUCACAACAAUCUACAUACACAUAUACAAACAAUAAAUAAUGACACUUUCUCCCCUGUCCUCAGGCUAUAGACGGUGACUUUGGCACGUUUGGGACCGUACGGUAUUACUUCAGUGACGAGCCUGACCAGUAAGACACCGAACUACACUGACUAAGACACCAUAUCAAUGAACUGCCCCAUCUUUUCUCAAAGUGCAUGAUUGAAAAGUAUUCUAAUGAAAUAAGUCUCAUCUGUUGAAUGAUGUUUCUUAUUGUCAUGUCACAUGCCCCUCACCCAGGUUUUUGUUGGACGCUGAGACGGGCUGGGUGCGUCUGAGGGGAAAUCUGGACUACGAGCUGAUGCGUCGGUUCACCCUGACCGUGCUGGCCCGGGAUGGGGGUGGGGAAGAGACCACGGGCAGGCUGAGGGUCAACGUGCUGGAUGUCAACGACAACACACCCCUCUUCCAGAAGGAGGCCUACAUGGGUUCGCUGAGAGAGAACGAACAGGCCACACAGCAGGUGGCCCGAGUCAGGGUAAGUGAGAACACACACACAUACAAACACAAAUAGAUAGACAGACACAAAUACGCACACACACCAGGGCAGGAGGACAAUGCGUGUGUGUGGACCAUUUUAAGUCCUUAGUGACUUGCUCUCAACCCGCUCCACUGCUGCCCCGGGGCAAUGCAAAUAGUCUGGGUAGCCAUUUGAUUAGCUGUUCAGGAGUCUUAUGGCUUGGGGGUAGAAGCUGUUUAGAAGCCUCUUGGAUGUAGACUUGGUGCUCCGGUACCACUUGCCGUGCGGUAGCAGAGAGAACACUCUAUGACUAGGGUGGCUGGAGUCUUUGACAAUUUCUAGGGCCUUCCUCUGACACCGCCUAUGGACAGAAUAUUGUAGUCUAGGCCUAUAUAAAUUUGUUCAUAUGGGCAGAAUAUUGUAUAUACAUUUGUUCAUGUGGUUAUAUAAAGGCUGAAGGCUAAAAACAGACUAUACUAUAUCUAGGCCUAUAUCUAGUUCCUACAAUGUAUUUUUUGUUUUUACACCAUCCAUUAACACCAACCAUUCACUAUAAAACAUGUAUUUAUUAACAAAUAAGCUUAGCAAAAUACUAAAAUGAUGGGGCUAAAAUAAGUAAGCCUCAAACAUUUAUUUAAAAUAACCAAAAAAUACCCCAAAAUAAGAGUAAGCGACAUUACAAUGCAGUGCCAUAAAAACAAGUUCACAAACAAAUUAUCCAAGAAUAUGUUUUGUGUUCUGGUCUCAAGGAUUUUGGAGUAAUGGAAAGGGUUGCAAUUGAUAAUUGUCACAACGAAGUGUCCAAGUAGGCGGUGCUCCUUUUUCUCAGAUGGAUUUUGGAGUAUUCACAACUCCAACUUGAAAGUGUAGGCAACGCUCUUCAGGUCAGACUCCAGCCAUUAAGUUGUGUACUUCUCAACCAGUGACUUCAGAUCCUUCUGUUAAUUGUGAUAGCAGGGUCUUUGCCAUGGUGGUGGAAUGCUAGCAAGUCACUGCUCCAUUCUCAUUUCACCUCUUAGCUGUUGUCGUUGCAGUGCCACGAUUAACUUCCAAAUGGUGGGGUGGGGUAGCGCCAAGAUUAGCCGAAAAUGUUCGAUGCCAGCCCUCCACUCCGUUGUUGGUCUACGCCAAGUCUUGCAGGACAGCAUCUUAGCAGUUCCAUUAUAAAAAAAAUAAAAAAAAGAGAUAUUAGCAACCAUGUUAUAGGCCAUGGGCAUGCUGUCAUCAAUAAUAACAACAAGAAUAAUAAAGACAUUAUUAUUUUAAAACAAGUCAUACCUAUGGGAAACAUUGGCUUUUUUCGAAUGCGUCCGACCUAUUCCCUAACCGAAUCCGAGCAUUGUCCGGGAUAUGGUUGUGUUCUCCAGAUAAAUUGGAGAUAACCUCAUCAGUGAGGGUUAUGUGGCAUCGGCAUUCGAAAGCAUCAUAUUUGGUGCACUUCCAGAAGGACUUAUUUGCGGUCUGUCGUUCCAGUCUGUAGGUGUAG